AUGUCUUUCCAACCAUGCAAAAUACUAUCCUUGAUUUCCCCCAAUUAGUUUUUGAUUUAAUCUUAAUAAUAAAAGACUAUUAUUGUUGGGAAUGGAAUUCCAAAUUUUUUAACAAGGAGCAAAUUAAAUGUUAAUCAAAAAGCUCUUGAAAUCUAUUUUUAAUAAUUGCAAUAUGUUAAUAAAGACGCAUAAUACAUGACCAAAACUAACUAAAUACAAAUAAAUGGAUCAGACUUAAUUUAAGAGAUUAAAGAUGAAACAGAAAUUCAUUUAAAACUGAUUGGGGUUUAAAAUGAAGAAGCAAAAUAAACCCAACCAGUUUUAGAUUUCAUUAAAUAGCAUAGAAAUAAAUCUAUUGAUGCAAUCUUGGUUUCCUUCGAAGGAAAUAUUUUAAAUUUCCUUUAUAAUAAAGAUACAUUAAUAAGUUUAAUACCUAAUGCAAUUUAUAUUGAUGAAUUUGCAAUUUAAGACUAAGGUUACUCUAAAUUAAUGUAGAAGGAUUGGCUUAAUAGAGAAUUUAGUAUAACUUUCAAAGGAACUUAAAUUUUGACAGUAAAUCAUUAAAGGAAUUUUAUUCAUUUCCCAAUUUUAAAAGCUGACUUGUAUCCUACUAGCUAAAAAGAUUCUGAAUUAGGAAAUGAAUUCUAUUCUUCAUUAAUUUCAAGUGGAUUUGCAUUUAUUACUGACUGGGGCAAAUUGAAUUUACCGCAAAAUUCUUUUCAAUUAUUGUUCUAAAACUAAGAGGAGGCUAAAAAAAACAAUUUAGGACUUUGGAAGAACGGAGAAUUGGAUAGAAGAAUGCUGAAUUCAGUUAGUUCAUAAAGGACAGGAUAAAUUGUUGAAAUUAUUGAAGCUAAUUAAUACUUAGUGAAAACAGAUAAAGGGAUAUUGACAAUUAAAUUAGAUAGAAUUUUCAUCGAAGGAUUAGAAGCAAAGGAAUUUGCUAGAAAAAUAUUAAUAGGAAAGCAAGUUCAUAUUCUGGAGGUAGGAGACAAUAUGCCAUUGCAAACUAUACAAUUGUGUGAUAAUAAUUUAGAUAUUGAAGAAGAACUUAUUGCCAAUGGAUGGGCAACACCUAAGGAGAAUCAUCCUUAGUUAUCAAAGUUUAAAUUUCAGCAAUUUUAAUAAAUGAAUCUAUUAGCUAAAUAGAGGAAAAUAGGACAAUAUAGUCCAGAACUGAAUUGGAGAAUUGAAGAUUAAACAGAUUAGAAACAAGGAAAGAGUGUAAAUGAAAUAAUUUGGUCUAGUAUUUAAAGGGACAAAUAAACUUAAAAAUAAUCAUCUGUGACUACUGGUAUUGCAAGCAAGGAAGAUUUUCAAAUAGAAGCAUUGGUUGAUAAAAUAUUGCCUAAUGGGUCAUUUAUCAUAACUCUCUUAAAGUAUCAUUCAAUGGUUAACUUUACUAUAUAAGGAAUAGCAAAACUAUCAGAAUUUGCUGCCAGUUUUCCUAAUGUUACCAAAUAUUAAGAGUAAAGGCAAUAGUUUAGUUAUAAUAUUUUAAUGUAAAGAAAUACUUGGAUUGAAUUUGAAAGUUUUAAUAUUUUGGAAAAUAUGUUUUAUGGAAAGAUUUAUGAAAAGAAAAACAAUAGAGACACUGAUUUCACUUUACAAUUACUUAGGGAAGGUUUAACAUUUAUCAAAAAUAAUACUGAGUUUUAUAGCAAAUAUGAAGAGGCAUAGAAAGAGGCAGAAAAACAGAAGAAAGGGUUUUGGAAUGAAUCCUAUGCUUAAUUUAUAAUCGACUUUUCAUAAAAUAAACAAACUUUGAAAAAAUAAAUAAGUAAUUAGGGAAACAUAUAGAAAAAUGAAAAUCAACAAAUCUAAUAAGUGGUAGUAACUGCUGUUAAUGAUUGCAAAGAGUUUUAUAUUAGAAAAGAAAAUAAUCCUGAAUUUGAGGAUUUGGAAGUUCAAAUUGAAAAGGCAGCAUUGAUUCCUCUCAAGAAACCAGUGAAGAAAGGAACCUUAUGUUUAGCAACAUUUAGCGAAGACAACAGAAUUUACAGAGCAUAAGUAUUAUAAGCAUUUAAGAAUGAUAAAUUCCUUGUCAAAUUUAUAGAUUACGGCAAUAAUGAUGAGGUCAACUACUAAGAUAUGGGUGUAUUACCAGCUUAAUUUACUAACAUACCUUAAUAGGCUAAAUUGUGUUCUUUAGCUUACUUGAGAGUUCCUCCAUCAUCACAUGAAUAUGCAGAAGAGGCAUCUGAUUAAUUUAGGGAAUUACUACUUGAUAAAUAAUUUGAUUCUAAAGUUGCUUAUACAGAGAAAUCAACAAAUAGAUAAUUUAUAACUCUUUAACCCUAAUCUAAACCAGAUGAAUUAUAAUUCACUAUUAACAAAAUUGCAUUAGAAUAAGGACUAGGAAGAAUAGAUAAUAGAGUUUUGUAUAAUCCUCUGAAAGAGUUCAAAAACUUUGAGGUAGAGGCAAAAGCAAAUGGAAUUGGUAUUUGGGGAUUUGAUGAUUGUUUAGAAGAUGAAAAACAAUUUGAAGAUGAAUAUGAUUAUUACGAUUCAUGAAUUGAUUUCAUUAAUAUUGUCCAAUUUACAUAUUUAUAAUA